AUGCCCAAGUUGUGGUUUUUCAGUGAAAAUAAUGACUAUCAGUUGGAAGAUGAUGAAAAAGCAUCUGCCACGUAUUCAUCUAUACGUACUGGUAUUCUCAGUUUGACUCCUGGAGAUAAAAAAUGUCGAUUGUAUUGUAGUGGUCCUCGAUGUAGAUUCUGUGUCGUUGUGACUGGACAAUCUGAAAUUCAAGCUAUCGAUGGAUUGUAUUCCACGUGGAUAACUUCGGAUAUUCUCGCAAUGGCACGUCUACAAGUUGAACAUUUUGAGAAGUUGGACAUAAUUGAGAAAUUCAAAACAAAUCACAUCGUGUCUGUUAUAAAUCUUCAAGAGAGUGGUGAGCAUUCAUUCUGUGGAAACGGUAAUCUCUCAAGUGGAUUUAGCUAUGAUCCUGAGAAAUUAAUGCAUGGUGGAAUGUAUCACUUCAAUUUUCCACUUCCGGAUUUCCAAGCAUGCACGCCCACUCGACUACUGGAUAUAGUAAAAGUCGUGGAUUUCGCUUUGACAUUGGGAAAAAUAGCAGUUCAUUGUCAUGCGGGACACGGAAGAACUGGAAUGGUUAUAGCUGGAUGGAUGAUGUUUGCAUUGGGAAUGUCACCUAGUCAAGCUGUGGAUACAGUAAGAAGUCGAAGGGCGAAAGCAGUUCAGAGUAAAGAACAAGUGGAAACUUUGCAUAAAUUCAGACUAUUGAUAAGAAAUAAUGGAGGAAUGAUCAUCCCGAAACAGAAGAUGAUGCUCAUUUCAGAAUAUGUCAGUUACAAUCAGAAAUUUCUAUGUAAACCUGAAUCAAGACUUUAUGGGAAAGUUCCGAAGAUUGUUUAUACUGCUAUGAGAAUCACACUUCAAAAGAUGUAUUCUUCUGUGAGUUUUGAAAUCGAAGAUGAUUAUCGAUUGACAAUUCGAUGUGGCAAUCCGUUACCAGAGAACAAGUCCCUCGACGAACAACUUCUUGAUGCCCAACUCAAUGACGAAGGACACGAAAAAACACAAUUUUGGUAUUCGGAUCAAGUGAAAAAUGGGUUGACAAUAUCAACAAUCCAUAGACAACUUCAGAACGAAGAUUUCCGUGAUAUUCUACGUCUUCUUGAUUUAUUCUUCCAUUCCACAUUUCAUCAAUUGACUCAUAAAGAAGAAAUUUAUGCUGUUUUACACAGUUGGGAUCAAGCUGAAAAGGAUUGGUCUCCUACAUUCUGGUUUCUUCUCAAAUGUAUUCGUGAAAUGCCACGCCCACUUCAUUUGGCCCUCUCUCGUCUUGUCGCGAAAUGGUUUCUGCGUUCAGAAGUGGAUUUGGCUCCAAGAAUUCAACAAAUAUUAUCUCCACCAGUGUCUUCGAACGAGUAG